AUCGCCAAACAGCAGCCACCACUCUCAAAAUCUUGAAACAGUGAACGGAAUCGAAUUAGAUGGUAGGGCUAUCUGUUGGAGAAAGGAACUUUAUUAAGGGUGGUAUUGCCCAGGAUCUGCGCAAUGAUGGUAGAAAACGGCUAACUUAUCGGCCAAUUUAUGUGGAAACAGGUGUAAUUCCUCAGGCAAAUGGAUCUGCAAAAGUCAAGUUGGGGGCGACUGAUGUUAUCGCCAGUGUCAAGGCGGAACUUGGAAAACCUACUUUAUCUCAUCCUGACCAAGGAAAGGUUUUUAUUUACGUAGAGUGCAGUCCCACAGCAGAGCCAUCAUUUGAGGGCAGGGGAGGUGAGGAAUUGUCGACAGAGCUCUCGACAGCACUUGAGCGAAGUCUCUUGGGUGGUAAAAGUGGAGCAGGGGCUGGAAUUGAUCCGGCGUCUCUCCUGAUCAAAGAAGGAAAAGUAUGCUGGGAUCUGUAUGUCGAUUGCCUUGUCAUUAGCUCGGAUGGAAAUCUGCUGGAUGCUCUAGGUGCUGCAAUCAAGGCAGCUCUGAGCAAUACAGGCAUUCCGAGAGUUCAGUUUCGUGAAGCUGCUUCAUCAGACGAGCACGCAGAUGUGGAUGUUAGUGAUGAAGAAUUUCUGCAAUUCGACACCAGUGGAGUACCUGUCAUAGUUACUUUGACAAAGGUUGGAAGGCACUACAUUGUCGAUGCAACUUCAGAGGAGGAAUCCCUAAUGAGCUCAGCUGUUUCUAUUUCUGUUAAUAGACGUGGACUAAUAUGUGGAUUGACUAAACGAGGAGGUGCAGGGUUAGACCCUAGCGUCAUACUUGACAUGAUAUCUGUUGCGAAACAUGUAAGUGAGCAGCUAAUAAACAAACUUGAUUCGGAGAUAGAAGCAGCCGAAAGAGCAAAUGAAGAGGAACCAUGACAUAGCU